UUUGGCAGACCUCCAACCAAAUUAUAAUUGUCAGUCACACUUUCUCAAGUUUUCUACCAUCUUUUUCAUCAUUAUACCUUUCUUUAUACGUGAAGAAGAAAUAGAGAACAAACUCAAUGUCCUCUUCCCAACUAUUUUCACUUUUUCCAUCAUAGAAUAUAAAUUUUUUCACAGUCAGUGUCUCCUUGUCAGAUCCCAAGUCCCCUCUGGAAAAUUUCCAUAUAUUUUUCAGCAAAUUUCCUGAUCUAAAUCUAAUCGAGACCCACCCUCCAAAAUGCAGAGCCUGAGAUGGGUUUUCAAUGUCUUGCUGAUAUUUUCAUGCUUGAACGUGUUCUCGGAGUCCCUACCUCAAACAACCUCAGAAACCCCAGUUUGCUCAGAAGCAGAUAGAGCUGCUCUGCUCAGCUUCAAAGCCAGAAUCUUGAAGGACACCACUGACAUUCUCUCCUCGUGGACAGGAAGCGACUGCUGUGAUGGAGGCUGGGAGGGCGUAGAGUGUAAUCCAGCCACAGGGAGGGUUACUACUUUGCAGUUGCAGAGGCCAGAUAGGGACGCUAGCAUUUACAUGAAGGGCACUCUCUCCCCUUCUCUCGGCAGUUUACGCUUCUUGGAGGUAAUGGUUAUAAGUGGAAUGAAACAUAUUAAAGGUCCGAUUCCUGAGAGCUUCUCAAAUCUAACCCAUCUCAUCCAACUGAUCCUAGAGGAUAAUUCCCUUGAAGGGAACAUUCCUUCAGGUUUAGGUCAUUUGUCCUUACUCCAGGGCCUCUCGCUUAGUGGGAACCAUUUGAGGGGGCAGAUUCCUUCAAGCCUAGGGAAUCUCAGGAAUCUUCAACUCAUAAAUUUAGCAAAAAAUUUCCUAAGUGGUCCAAUCCCACCCACUUUCAAAAACUUCCAUGCUCUGCUGUCUUUGGACCUUAGCUUCAAUAUGUUGUCUGGGCUACUCCCAGAUUCUCUCGGGCAAUUCAAAAACCUGACCUUGAUCGACAUCUCCAAUAACCAAUUAUCAGGGCAGAUGCCCAUUUCCUUGUUCAACUUGGCCAAUCUAUUGGACUUGUCUUUGAGCAAUAACCAACUCACAGGCAAAAUCCCAGACCAGAUAGGGGAGCUAAAAUCCCUUACCACUCUUCAGUUGAGUGCUAAUCGGUUCACGGGUCAUAUUCCAGGAUCCAUUUCAGGAUUGCAGAAGCUUUGGAGCCUCAAUUUAUCUCGAAAUGGACUGUCGGAUCCCUUGCCAGAUACCCUUGGCAGGGGCAUACAUUCUUUGUUGUCUAUAGACCUGUCUUACAACAACCUCAGUUUAGGAACGGUUCCUGAUUGGAUCAGAAGCAGACAACUUCGAGCUGUCCAUCUGGCUGGCUGCAAACUGAGAGGAACCCUUCCAAGCUUCCCAAAACCUGAUUCCCUCAACUCCAUUGACCUAUCUGACAACUAUUUCACGGGCGGUUUUUCUAAUUUCUUUGCAAAUUUGUCUAGUUUGGAAAAAGUCAAGCUCUCCAACAACCAAUUGAAGGCAGAUCUUUCAGAAAUCAGAUUGCACGAGGGGCUCUCUUCUAUCGAUCUUCACUCAAAUCAACUUACCGGGUCUCUCUCAAGGGUCUUAAAUAACAAAACAAGCAGCUUUUUGGAGGCUAUAGAUGUGUCAGGCAAUCAGAUUACAGGCGGCAUUCCUGAAUUUAGCGAAGGCUUGAGCUUGAAAGUGCUCAAUUUAGCAAGCAACAGGAUUGCGAGCCUCAUCCCCAGUUCAAUUUCAAACCUGAUUGAACUUGAAAGGUUGGAUGUUUCGAGGAACCAAAUUACAGGCACCAUUCCUACAGGUUUAGGCCUACUGCUAAAACUUCAAUGGCUUGAUCUGUCGAUCAAUGGGCUAACAGGAAGAAUCCCAAAUAGCUUAUUGGGGAUUGAAGAUCUAAGGCAUGCAAAUUUCAGAGCAAACAGACUCUGUGGAGAGAUACCGCAAGGUAGGCCAUAUAAUAUCUUCCCUGCAGGCGCUUACGCCCACAAUCAGUGCUUAUGUGGCAAACCCCUGCCACCUUGUAGGAAAACGAAACAAGGGAAUAUGGGCCAGUAAGAUGCUGACUCGGUUGUUCAAAUGAGCUAUGCUCAUGACAUAUGAGCAUUAUCAUAAAGGAGAAGAGAUAGGUUCUGCAUUCUGCAACACUUAGUGUAUUUAUUCUAGCAUUCAUCAUCUUCCUACAGUUCAUUAUCACUAUUACUUAAUGGAAAUAAUGAUUUUAUUAUCA